AAACAAUAUUCUUGGACUGAUCACCAUGGCCUUUGAAACGCAAGAUGAUUUCGAUAUCUGUAGGCUUUGCUUGGGUCUGAACAAUCUGACUCCUUUAUGUAAAUUAGAAAACGCCUCGUUCACUAUACAGGAUAUAGAACACUACACUGGCCUUCAGAUUUCGCCAGAGGAACAAUUGCUUUCUGCAAUAUGUGAUCAAUGCAUUACAGUUAUGCAAAACUCAGUGGCUUUCCGUGCUACCUGCUUGAACAACGACAAUGUUUUCAAAAAACUCUUUCACAUUCGAAACGAUAAUUUGAAACUAUCCAUAGAAGAUUCGGACAAUUAUGUUCUGGACGAAAGUGAAUCGCUGGAAGGCGGAAACUACGAAACCGAACCCGUUUUACCAACAUCGAAUCAUGAAGUAUGGUUUUCUGAAGAUGAUGAAAGUUCAGAUUUGAUUGAUAGAGAAGAAUUGGAAACAAAAACUACGGAAGUAAAGGAUCCAGCUAAGCGAAAGAAAAGCAUGAGACAUGAAAAGAAGCUGUGUGUCUUAUGUGGCCGACUAGUGAUCAAUCUUUACGGACAUAUAAGAAACCAUAACAAGGAGAAAAGGUACAGUUGUCCGCAAUGUCCAAUCAAAAUGAAUAAUGAAACAAAUUUGAAAAGGCACAUAGAAACGGUGCAUGAAAAGAAAAUAGUCGUACGAUGCGAACUGUGUGGAAAAGGAUUUACACAUAUAAACAUUUUAAAAGUACACAAGACCGCGCACCACGGAAUCGGCCAAACAUACGAGUGCAAGAUCUGCGCAAAAACUUUCAAGUACCCAUCAAGCUACAGAAGUCAUGUAAUGAUAAAACAUGGCGUUGAUAAACCCAAAGAGUUACCGUGUAAAAUUUGUAACCGGAUAUUUUAUUUGAAAAAAACUCUUCAAACACAUCAGCUUGUGCAUACCACUGACCGACCAUAUCCUUGUGACUUAUGUCCAAAGCGCUUCAGGAGUGCUUAUGGCAGAAAUAUUCAUCGGUUGACCCACAGUGGAAUUCGAUUUCCUUGCACAAUGUGUGAUAAAUCAUUUGGAUACAAAAACCUGCUCGCAUCUCACUAUAAAAGUGUCCACCCAGAUACAAAUGUUAAAUUAUAACAAUAAAAUCUUCUAGACAGUUGACCAUUUCUACAUAACAUAGGACAUCUUGUCCAGGACACACGCAAGCAAACGAUAGCAUAAUAUUCCCCAACUUAACUUUCGGACCAAUUUUUCGAAUUAAAUGGGUUGAAAUUGGUCAGUGAUUG